CAUGUAAACUACAUCAUUGGGAACUGUCUUUGGAGCAGUUCCCCCAUUCUCAUAAUCCCCACGGCCUAAAUCUUUUCCUAAGAUCCCCUUUUGUGUUUUGGUGCUAAAGUGUAAAACUGUGGUUUGUCUUAGCAAAGCAAUCACCAGUCCGAAGGUUAUUUUGAACACUACAUUGCAUUACUAGGCAUGGUCCUGUUGGAGGGUGUGUGCCAUAGCCUUCUUGACCUAUGAACUGACUUACCCAGCCAUUCAUAGGAGGACCUACAGUUCAAUGUGGAUUCCAAACCAAAGUACAACUCAGCAUUUUUCACGUCGACAAACAUUGCCAGAGUUGAAAGAAGUGACAGGUAAAAAUUGUAAAAGGAGGAUCGAACCUGUGAUUGUUGGAUUUGUUGUUUGGCCCUUUGCCACUGAGAACAUUAAUAAAACCAACAAACUGCAGAGAUGGAUUUCUGACUGGAAAUGGAGGAAGAAAGGUCUUAUGAACAUAUGUCUGGAAAUGAACUGUGUGCAUGCAACACAAACAAAUGUUCCAGUACGCAGUACAGAGCUGCAUUGCAUCCAUAUCACAACGGAUGUUCAAAGUGGUCCCCAUGGAACUGCAGGUGACAGGGAUAGUAGUGGUUGUCAUACAGGGUACAUAUAAUCAUACUUGGGCAUAUACAAUGUUGGCGGGCCACUUGCCUGGAGCUUGUACUAGGGCUCAUCUCAGUAUCCUGUAGAAGCCGGUCCUCAAAAUCUGGUAAAUGCGUAAUCUGCCCCCCCUCCCCUCCCCUGCCCGUUUGUCAGAAUGGAUCCAUGAUCACACAAAUGCCUAAAAAGGGCUGGAAAUGUGCAGUGUGGUUGGUGUCUGUGGUAUUUGUUUUGGUAUGGCCAUGCUGUGUCUCAAACUUUUCCAUCUGCUUGGCCAUACACAAAACACAAUUUCGGCUUGUUCCUCAUAUGAAUACCAGACCAUUCUGCUGCUUACAGUAUGCUGCGUCAAUCACACAGCCUGCGGCACACAAAGAACACAUGGGAUGUGAUCAGAGGAACUGUCAUGCGUCAGCACCGUCUAUCAUGGCAACGAUGCAUGUCCGGACACAUGGUGACACCAUGGUAGGAAAUCCGCACAGGUAUCGUGCUGCCUUACACCCACUAGAAAAUAGACAUGCUACUGCAGGUUGCAUGUUGGCAGUACUUCUGAUGUUUCCACUGGCAGCACGCAGCUAUGGUUUACCUGUUGUCACAGUCAUUUCACUGCUGUAUGUUGGGAUUGUAGUGCCAGUAGCAGCAGGGUUUAUGUCAUUGUCAACUAUCAUACAUGCCCUUAGGCAGGUGUGGGAGCAGGUACAUGAGUGGGCACUGCGUGGGCCUGCGUGGUGGCUGAGACUAGCAUGGCUGUUGUCCGUGUCCAUGCACCGUCUCAUUGUUAAUCGGGUUUCAACUAGACUGCACAUCACUCUCAACCAGAUACUGUUUUUCAUCACUAUGGAGAAGGCAAUGUGUCCAAAUCAGAGAUGCGUCAGUUUGUAUUUGUUGCUGUUUUAUUCAGUGCUGUUGUAUCUUCAUCAAUCUCUCAAGGCACGGCACUGGGUGCAGCUCUCAAGUGAUACAACUACAGCUGACUUGUUGCGACUUACAACAGCUUUCAUUAUGGCACGGCUUGCCAAAGGAGUUGCUUUGUCAUUGGUGCUUGUGACAUUUACAAUGCAUGUUGGUGACUUAGAGCCAAGCUUCAGUUUUGUUCUUGUGACAGCCAUGUACUUCUUGUUGACAGAAUUCCCAGCAAGGCCUGCCGUGAACCACUGGCUGAUAGAAGCUAUGGUUAGUUUAGAUUUGACAGUUUUGGAAGGCUUAGAAGAAUACUGGCUCCCUGUACUGUUCAGCGGAGGUGCUGUGAUUCUUUCAGCUCUGGCUUCCAUUCUAGCUGGGCCAAAAUACCGGUUAUUGCGUAUUAUACUUGUGUAUCAUAAUGUUUGGGCAGCAAGUGACUAUGCAUUGGAAGAAUGUGUGAUGCCACUGAUUCAACAGUAUCGUAUGCUACAACAGUUUCCUUUGGCAUCUCAUAAACAAUUAGCAGACACACCAACAUGUGCCGUGUGUCUCGAUGACAUGCGCAUUCUUGCAACCCGAGUGACUCCUUGUGGUCACCUAUUUCAUGCAAGAUGUCUGCGUCGAUGUCUCCUACUUAGCAGGCUCUGCCCAUUAUGCAAGCAAGUUAUGUAAUUUUUUGACUAAUAAUAUACUUGUUUGUGUGCUGUUUCAGGCUUGAUUAUACUUUAUCAAACUUCUCUUUGACUGGUGUUCCCAAUGCAGAAUCAUGAAAUUUCACAUAAGUUCUCACGUCAUAAUUGAUCCUUCAUUUUGGAGGUAGUAAUAAUUGCAAACGCCUUUACUGUGGCAUGGAGUGAAGUGGGUUGUGGCUGUCAAUAUAGUUGGGGAAUAUGGUUAAGUGUGUUCGGGAAGGUAAUACAGCAUAGUGAUAUUUGUGUUUGUCAUUCAUAGUAUGAGGCAUAAGGCUGAUGUGAUGCUCUAGUGAAAACAAUUCAGCUAAUCAAAAGUCAUCCUCAGGAAAAAGUGUAUUACCAUGUAGCAUUAUGUAGGUUUACCAGCAGCUGCAGAAGUUUAGGUUUGCAAGUAUUACAUUUGAGAGUUGUAGAUGACAGGUGAUCAUGAUAGCAGAGGACUGCUCAUAUCUUUAUAAAUCAGAGCUGUUAUCAAUAAUAUUCAUGGAGGUGUUACCCACUAGUAGGAGAAGGUGUCUGACCAAUGGUACUAUUAAUACAAAUAUGAAUAUAGCUUACAUUCACUGUACUGCCACAGAGCAAACUGUAAACAUUUCUUCUGUAGAACUUUUAUAUAAAUUCACAUUCACAAAGGAAUGUUUUCUGUGUGCAGAAUGAAAAUUAUGAUGUUAAAAUAUCAGUCUGAUGCCCUUUUAACUGUAAAAAAGUAUUUUUAUUGUUUUCUGGAAUAUUACUACUUCCUGGAUCUUAUUUCUUUGAGAUGAAAGGAACUGAAUGUAAAGAAAGAACUUUCUGACAGUGUUCAAAAGUUUGAAAUGGGGGCUUAAUUCUUUUGUCACCCACUGACAAGCAACAUAUAAAUUAUUAAUACUGAACAGUGUAUUAAAGAUCUGUAAUGAUGAAAUUUACAGUUAUGUUCUGACAAAUAUAUCAAUGAAAACAAUCAAUUUUUGAUAAAAUAAUUUAAUUGGAUAGAUUGGAUUGAUUUCCUUCUCAUCGCAUCUAGUCAGUCUCUCCUGACCUGUGGUUCUGAGUGGCUUUCCCAAACUCUAUCCCUUUUCCUAGACCUCUCCAGUCCUUUUCCUUCACUUCUCUUCCUCCCACUUCAACCCUUCUUCUGCCUGAAGAAGGACCUUCUACCCCUCUUCCUGUAGAAGGAGCCACUGGCUCUGAAAGCUUGCUUAAUUAUAAUGUUUUCUUAUAUGUGUGUUCAGCCACAGCUUGUUGCAUAGAUUUUUAUUUGUCCAAUUAACUUAUUUGAUAAAUCUAUCACAACACACAAAUUCAGAUCUGAAAUAGAAUGUUUCAGCUGUGACUUAAAUGCAACGUAUUGUUUCUGUAAAUGCUUCAAGAGCCAUAUACAAAAUAAAAAUGUGUUUUUGUCUCAAA